CAAUAGAACAGGAGACAUGGAACGCAAUGGAUGCCAUGAAUGAUAUAUUCACCCAAUCACAUGUUUUUUACCAUCGUUCAGAUGUUGCAUGCACUGAAUGCGCUAUACAGACAAAGAUAAUGGACGGAAAAUCUUUUUCUUGUCAUCAUGAAAACCAGACGUGUUUGAUUUACAGUACUUGUCAUGUGAAAAAUCGUCUAUUGACAUCAGAGUGGAAGCCAAGUAAAGGGUGGAAACAUUUCUGUACAACUGUUCAUAUAAUUACUUUCGGCGGUGAUCCAUGGAUUGACUUAGGCACUCUAGUAGGAAGAAGAACAUCAAUUCGAUUAAAGGUAAAGACGACCAGGGACGCUUACGUUGGACUCGCGUCUGGGAAUACCACGGUUAAUUCUGGAUAUUGGAUUGUACUGGGAGGAUGGGCUAAUACAAAAUCCUGUCUUCGAGACGGAUUUGUUAUCGGAGGCACCUGCUACUCGACAUCCAUAGCAUCUCAUCUUAGCGGCGCACAAUUUACAAAUUUUUGGAUCAAGUGGCAGUCAAGUCGCAUUGAAGUAGGACUCGGUGAGAUAUUUGGCCGUGAAACAAUAUUGGACUAUACUUUUCCAAAAGUUUAUCAGAUCAAUAACCUGUUACUACGAAAUGCUCAUAGUUCGCAGGCUGAAUGGAUCAUUUAUUUGUGACAGAACCAUCGUUUUUCGUUGAAAAUUUAAACUUUAAAUAUAUAUUUUUUUCAUUGUGUAAACCUGAAAAAUAUGUCACAAUACACUUAAAUUUAGCAAGCUAUGUACAUGUAGUUAUAAGGCAGUAUUAGAGGAAUUCAUUUCUCAAAUUUGACGAAUGUCCAAACAAUCAAUAUAUCAAUUACAAGGCA